CACAGACCAUCACCAAUAAUAACAUGAUUUUUGAGAAGUUGUUAUUUUUUGCGUUUGAUUGAAUUAAUUAAUAUUAUUCAAGUUAAACAGUAAAGUAUACCCACAUAACAAAACCUAAGUUACCUUCGUUUUAAGUUUUGUUAAAAAACUUAUAUCUAAGUAGGAAUAUACAAGAUUAAAUUCAUGAAUAAACUUCUCCGGUUUUGUAAACAAUCUUUCGGCAAAGGCCCAAAAGUGGUUUUUACUGGCACGAAUAAUUAUUGUUUAACACACAGGAAGACUAUGGCCGCUAACAAAACUAUCACGGAUUUAGGCUAUGCGUUUAACUCAGAUGGACAAUUAAGAAAAAUAGAUGAAAAGGGCCAACCAGGCGAUGAACAAUUCCAAUUCAAUAUCAGCAAUGAUCACCAAGAAUGCCAGGCCCAUUAUGAAGUCCUUGGUGCAGCGAUCACUGACUACAUAUAUCAUUUGUUAGAGAAAGAGGGACUAUACAGACUGCCUGUGCCUAAAGGGAGCAUGGAGGAGGAUGGGACGUUUAUAUUUGUAUCCAAAGAUUAUGAUAAGAAAGAUGUAUUGAUGGUGUUGAUACACGGCUCUGGGGCAGUCAGAGCUGGCCAGUGGGCUCGUUCGCUCAUAAUUAAUGACACUCUGGACUCCGGUACUCAAAUCCCCUACAUCAGACAAGCACAGAGAAGAGGCUAUGGCGUCAUGGUACUGAAUUGUAAUGACAACUAUCGGGAAGACAAGAAGAUUAAACAUAGCAGCACAGCUGAGGAACAUACUAUGUAUACGUGGGAGACGUACAUAACAAACACUAAAGCGUCAAGCAUCAUUAUAGUGGCUCACAGCUACGGAGGAGUCCUCACAGUGAUGUUGGGGGAUAAACAGAAGAAGCAGUUUGAGAAGAGAGUCAAAGCAGUGGCAAUGACAGAUUCAGUUCAUGGGUUCUCUGGUGCAAAGAUUUCAAAGCACUUGAAGAAAAUAUCAAAAAACUGGAUCUCAAGCACAUCACCAUUAGAUACUCCAAUGAACACUCCGGACUUUGAUAUCACAAGAGUUUCAGCUGGUCAUCCAAAACACGAAAUGACAUCAUGUAAAUGCAUAGACUCAGUUUUUACAUUCUUUGAAGAAAAGUUAAAAGAAAAGGAAUAAACCAUAUCGGAAUCACAAAUUAAUAUAAUUUGAUUUUUAUUAUUUAAGGGUAGAUAAUGG